AUGAAGUACGUAUUGGUGACGGGUGGUGUUGUCAGUGGACUCGGCAAAGGGGUCACAGCUAGUAGUAUCGGAUUGCUCCUUCAAGCAUGUGGCCUUCGUGUUACAUCUAUCAAAAUUGAUCCCUACUUGAACACAGAUGCAGGGACAAUGUCUCCUUUUGAGCAUGGGGAGGUGUUUGUCUUAGAUGAUGGUGGCGAGGUGGACCUUGACCUUGGAAACUAUGAGCGGUUUCUAGAUCUCACUUUGACCUGCGACAACAAUAUCACGACUGGAAAAAUUUAUCAGCAUGUUAUUGACAAAGAGCGAAGGGGAGAUUAUCUUGGACAGACUGUCCAGAUCAUUCCACACGUUACGGAUGCUGUCCAAGAAUGGAUAGAGCGUGUGGCAAUGGUACCUGUUGAUGGAAAGGAAGGUCCAGCUGAUGUUUGUGUCAUUGAAUUAGGUGGAACUAUAGGGGAUAUUGAAUCAAUGCUUUAUGUUGAGGCCCUUGGCCAGUUUUCAUAUCGUAUAGGCCCCGGAAAUUUCUGCUUGAUUCAUGUCAGCCUUGUGCCAGUUAUCAAUGUUGUUGGUGAACAGAAAACAAAGCCUACACAGCAUAGUGUCAGGGAACUCAGAGGACAUGGUUUGACACCUAAUAUUCUAGCUUGUAGGAGUUCAAAGCCACUUGAGGAGAAUGUCAAGGCAAAACUUGCUCAAUUUUGCCACGUGCCGGCUGAAAACAUUGUCACUCUUUAUGAUGUUCCAAACAUUUGGCAUGUCCCUUUGCUUUUAAGAGAUCAGAAAGCGCAUGAAGCAAUCUUGAAAGGAUUCAACCUAAAAGGUGUUGCUAGAGAGCCAAAUUUGAAGGAAUGGACUGCCAGGACAGAAAUUUCUGCGACUUUACACGAUCCGGUGAGAAUUGCAAUGGUUGGAAAAUACACAGGUCUUUCAGAUGCUUACCUCUCUGUUUUAAAGGCUCUUCUGCAUGCUUCUGUUGCAUGCCACCGGAAACUUGUUGUAGAUUGGGUUGCAGCGGGUGACCUUGAAGAUGUUACUGCUAAAGAGGCCCCUGAGGUUUAUAAGGCUGCAUGGGAUCUUUUGAAGGGUGCUGAUGGUGUUCUAGUUCCAGGAGGAUUUGGCGAUAGAGGAGUGCAAGGGAAAAUUCUUGCAGCAAAGUAUGCUCGAGAAAACAAAGUUCCAUUCCUUGGCAUAUGCCUGGGAAUGCAAAUUGCUGUCAUUGAGUUUGCACGAUCUGUUCUUGGUAUGGUUGAUGCUAACAGCACAGAGUUUGAUCCUGAAACUACAAGCCCUUGUGUCAUAUUUAUGCCAGAGGGCUCAAAAACUCAUAUGGGAGGAACUAUGCGUCUGGGAUCAAGGAGGACUUACUUCAAUGUUGCUGACAGCAAAUCAGCAAAACUGUAUGGGAAUGUGGCGUUUGUUGAUGAACGACAUAGACAUAGAUAUGAGGUCAAUCCUGAUAUGAUAUCACAACUUGAAGAUGCUGGUUUAUCAUUUGUUGGCAGAGAUGAAACUGGUCGGCGCAUGGAGAUUGUUGAGCUGCCUUCCCAUCCAUACUUCGUUGGGGUUCAGUUUCAUCCUGAAUUUAAGUCAAGGCCAGGGAAGCCUUCUGCUCUGUUCUUGGGACUAAUAGCAGCAUGCAGGCAUUCAAAUACAAUUCUUCAAAACAAUGGGCAUGUAGUAAAGCCAGUUACAAAUGGGAUGACAAUGGUAAUGGCGUCCACUUGUAAGAGAAAGUUGGUGAUGGCCUCGUGGUAUUGUUUCUCCGGAAGUGCUUUUGGUAGUUUACGGUUUUCUGUACAGAUGCUGAGCAUGGAUAGAUGGUGUAGCUCUAGAGGACUUGUCUUCAGGAUUAAGCUGGAUUUUGAAUUUUGA